AUGCCCGUUUUCGGGCUCCUGGCCCAUCAACAGAAAGGGUCUGGGGCGAGGAUCAAGCGAGGAGCGCGUCUGGUGGACGCCUCAACGCGGGCGGACUCGCCUGCGCUCCGCCCGCUCGUGCGGCGUGGCGACGGCGGCGUCCUUCCAUCUGACCAGAGCGCGUCCCCGGACAAGCCUGGGCGGCAGACUCCUCGACCCCCAGGCCCAGGUGGCCAAUUUCUGGGCCCCAGGGCUUUCAAGCAAUCGCGCACGCAGGGGAAGAGGCGGUCCCCAGGGGAAGAGGUCGAAGGAGGAGGAGGAGGAUGA